GGGCUUGUGAAUGUUGACAUCACAGUGAGCACUAGCAAGCUGAAUGAAACCAAACAGUUUUACACCAAGUUCUUGAAAUUUCAAGUGGUGAAGGAAACCCCAGGAUUUAUCUCCUUUUCGCCUGGACCAGGUAGUGAAAAAAUCUCUACUUUUUAAUACCACUUGCAGUGCUUAGCUAAAGUUUUUAUCAGACUGGCUGUAAUAAAGGCCAAGGUCACAACAUUACAAACAGAGGAAACACAGAUGAGAAAUUGUCGUGUUAAAUAAUUGCAGCUCGUUAAGAAAAUAUCUACUUAUUCGUGUUUCAAAAAACAGAAAGAUUUUGCUCAAUACUUGCACGUUUGAUCGGCCCGACUUACUCUAAGCAGAAUUUCACCAUCAGUAUCAAGCGAAACUAAGGCAUACACACAGCAGAAUGGUUAUAAAAACCACAUAAAACGUACCUUUGGCCCUAGAACCAGCAUUUUAAUGAUGACACCUUUUUUCAAUGGUCGAUUUUAAAUAAUGAUAAUGAAGAGUUAAAUUUUCGUUUUUUGGUUUUGCUGCACGCCCUACAGAUCGAUCGUGUGCGAUCCACUCAUUUGCCGGUCUUCUUUCAUUACAGGUGUGGCUUAUCUUGACUUUGUCGUGGAGGGUGCAGAACACGCAUGCGCUAGACCGCAGCUGGCCAAAAAUUUCGCUGGCAAAGGCAUGUUCCUUACUUACAAUCUGGGAGAUGUGGAUGCUGCGUGCGCGGCGUUUACACAGGCAGGUUAUCCAUUGGCAAUGCCAAUUAAAACUGAGACCUGGUUUGAACGUCACUGCUACGUCAUAGAUCCAAAUGGGAUACCGUUGAAUUUGGCCCAUUGGAAUCACACUCCAGCCGAGCCUACAGGUAAAAAGAAUCCACUGAAGACUACAAGAUAAUCGCCUCUUACCUCUAUGCUCUUAAGAGAGAUGCACUGCAAAGCGCCGAUCCUUGCGUCAUCAUUUAUUUAAUCACUUUUUAGAGCCUUACUGCCGCCCAGGUUCUGUUUUAUGUCACGUUUUUCUUGUAGACUUGCGUUGAUGGGGAAAUGACUGUUCUGCAUUUAAACACUAGCGCACAUCUCGUAUGAAAUCGUAUCUUGUUUACGAAAUUGAAACGGAGGCGCAGUAGUCUAAAUCGUAAAUUGUAUAUAGUUGUCAGUUUGAGAUAUCCUAUACAAAAGUACAGAAGGUAGAGCCUGUGGAAUAUCAUAAGGGUUGUACAGUUGUCAGUUGAUUGUGUCGUUAAACUUAACUUGAGCAGGAGCCCAUGUUACGGCUCCUAAUCAAAACCGAAGAGAUUUAUUUAGCGGAAAAAAACAGACUGCUUAAGAGGAGGAAGAUAAACAGAAUUAACCAGAACGCAUGAGGGCACGUCAUGAUAGCCUCUAACUCUGAUUGGCUAAUGACAAAGCUUGGCAAGGCAGACCGUUUACUUCAGUCUUUUCUUUGUUAAUAACAGGUGUCAGCAGUAUGGUAUUUUAUUACACCUCCCAUGACUUGCUAGAGAUACAAAAUUGGUACAGCAAUAACUUGAACAUGACCGUGGAAAGAGGAGUGGACUGGAUUGGAUGGGUGAUAACGCUGAUCGCUGCAAAUGGCACUGUGGAGCUUCGGCCAUUCCAUCCACGAAACAUGACCUACAACCCAGCCUCCUUCAUUCCUCAUUUGCUGGAAGAGUUUGACGGACGCGGCCUGUCUUACACCUUCAACUUUAAUACUUCACUUGAGGUCGACAGGUACGCUUGUCUAUAA